AUGUGGUCUAGGCAACCAAGCCGCAAGUCCAUUCAUGCGGACGUGCUCCAGCCCAUCUGCCUUAACAAUGGCCUCUGCCAAUGGCCAGUCGAGGCCCGGCUACGAGUGUCCGAAGCCCUCCAGCCUCCCAUGCGUGAUUCAUCCGACUCGAUUUUAUCUCGGACUCGAGCCCUAUUGCCUCACAAGCCCCUCUGCCUAUUCGCUCUUCUAGAUUUGGUAGUUCGCCCAUUCAAAGCCUGGCCCCCUGACUCUUGCCACUUGCCUCCCCGUCUAAACCUCCAGAAUCAACGGCAUAGCAACGGGCCGUCCCAACGACUUGCCCAUGGCCGCAAUGUGUUGUUCGUAGUUCCAUCCUAA